AUGGGAUCCAAAUCAUCCAUCGUUUUCCCCACCUUCAUCUUCAUCUUCAUCGUGAUCGCGCAGGCUGAGGUUUUCGACAUCACUAAGUUCGGUGCAAAACCUGAUGCUGAGAUUAGCAAGGCUCUUUGUGAUGCAUGGAGUGCUGCUUGUAGUGCAACAACGCCCAGCAAACUCCUCAUUCCUUCCGGCACCUUUUGUUUGAACGUAGUCGAGUUUAAGGGACCGUGUAAGGCUCCGAUCACCGUUAAAAUCGAUGGAACGUUGAAAGGUCCCGAGGAUCCCGCGGUUAUUCCUAAAGGCGUGCAAUGGAUCACGUUUAGUUACGUCAGUGCCUUGACGAUAACGGGUUGUGGUACCUUAGAUGGUGCUGGAGGAGCCAUUGCGUGGCCGAUGAAGGAUCCCGUUGCAUGGCCGGCGUCGGAUCCCCAAAAAAAGAGUAGUGUCAAGAAGUGUAGUCUCCAAUAUAAUCUUUGCCUUAAUUUCAUCGAGAACGCUAUGAUUUCGGGAAUAACCUCGAAAGACAGCAAGAUGUUCCAUGUUAACGUGAUGUCUUGCAAGAACGUAACAUUCGACAACUUCCACAUUUGCGCUCCAUCAGAGAGCCCCAACACCGACGGAAUCCAUCUGGGGUGGUCGAAACAAAUCACGAUCAAGAACUCCGUUAUCCAAACCGGUGACGAUUGUAUCUCCAUUGGCGACGGAUGUGAAGAGUUGCACAUCGAGGGAGUGAAAUGCGGUCCAGGCCACGGUAUCAGCGUUGGAAGCUUAGGUAAAAACAGCGGUGAGAAACCCGUGAUCGGAGUUUAUGUCGUUAACUGCACCUUCAACCAAACAAUGAACGGAGUUAGGAUCAAAACGUGGCCGGAUUCCCACCAAGGGGAGGUUGCCGAUCUGCAUUUCGAAAAUCUUUGCAUGAAUCAAGUCGAAAACCCGAUUAUCGUCGAGCAAGAUUAUUGCCCACAUAGCGUCUGCCCAAAAGAUAAACCAUCGUUGGUUAAGGUUCACGACAUUUUCAUCAAGAACGUAACUGGAACAGCAACGUUACCCGCAGUUGUGAACCUUAAAUGCAGCACGGCCAACAACGGUUGCGAGAACGUGAAGAUUUCCGACAUUAAUUUAACGUAUGAAGGUAAAGAAGGCCCUGCGUUCCAAGAAUGCUGCAACGUAAAACCCGUUUACUCCGGCAAAAUGAUCCCUCCGGCCUGCUCAACGGCCGAUGAGUGA